UUCACCACAGACUAACAUCACCACACUACGCUAGCAGAUGGAGCACUGCCGCGGUUAGUACCGAUGCUGAACUAGUGCUCUUGUGUUUAACUAGGACAUAGAAAGAUUGUUAUAAGGCCUGGAAAACCUAUACUAUAGGGGUAUGUGAGCGAUACAGUGGAGCACAGAAGCUUCCGUUACAUCACCACAAAGAAACAAGAAGUUUGAGUUGGAAAAUCUUCAUCCAAGGACACCUGAGGAUUGUCAUUGUACCUGUGAGGAAACCAACAACAUAAAACAUUAAGAAACCCAGUUCUUUCAGAAGUUGACGAGAAUUAACAAACAUGGCCCACGCUAAGUGUGAUGAAGUUACAGAGGUGGUGUGUUUGGAGUCAGAGCUUCAGGAUGGACAAAUGAAGGAGGUUGAGCUGGAUAAUCAGAAAAUCCUGUUGGUUCGAAAUGAAGGAGAGUUCAGGGCCAUGGGAGCUCUGUGUUCUCAUUAUGGAGCUCCACUUGUUAAAGGUGCGUUGAUGGGAAAUAGAGUGAGAUGUCCUUGGCAUGGGGCUUGUUUUAACACUAAAACAGGAGACAUUGAAGAGUUUCCAGGCCUGGAUUCUUUGCCCACAUACAAGGUGAAAGUUGAGAAUGGCAAAGUUCAUGUUACAAGAAAGAAACAGAACAUGACUAAACGUGUUAAAGAAAUGAGCUGUAGAAGGCCUGGAGUCUGUCACAACAUACUUUUAAUUGGAGGAGGGCCUGCCUCUUUGCAAUGUGCAGAAACCCUUAGACAGAAUAACUACCUGGGGCGGAUUAUAAUGGUUACCAAAGAUGAGCAGCUGCCCCUUGACAAGACAAAAUUGAGCAAAGCCAUGAAUAUAGAGAGUGAAAAAAUAUUACUUCGACCAAAUGACUUCCUAAAACUGCAUGGUAUUGAAGUAUGGACAGAAAAGGAAGUGGUGUCCAUGGAUACAGAAGAAAACACAGUCAGUUUUCACGAUGGUACCACUCAGCACUAUAAUCAGCUCUUGAUUGCUACAGGAGCAAGACCUCGGAGUCUGCAGUGUUCUGGUGCUGAACUGGAGAAUGUGAAAUUCUUGCAGAGCCACAAAGAUGCAGCUGACAUUUAUCAGAUGAGUGUUGGCAACAGGGUGGUGAUCAUCGGAACAUCUUUUAUAGGAAUGGAAGCAGCAGCUUUUUUGUCUGACAAAGCAGCUAGUGUAGCUGUUGUGGGCAAAUCUAACGUGCCUUAUCAGUUUUCACUGGGACCAGAAAUUGGCAGAAUGACUAUGCAGAUGUUGGAGGAGAAAAAUGUAAAGUUCUACAUGAAUAAUGGUGUGGCAGAGGUACAAGGGGAAAAUGGAAAGGUCAAGCAAGUUGUACUGGAAAAUGGUGAUGUGUUGCCAGCAGAUGUUAUAAUUGUGGGAAUUGGUGUCAUUCCAAACUCUAAUUUCCUGAAGGGGAGCAUGGUGGAAAUUGAUUCAAAAAAUGCCAUUGUUGUCGAUAAGUUUAUGAGAACCAACAUUCCAGAUGUCUUUGCUGCUGGGGAUGUGGCAUCCUUUCCUCUUUCAAUUCAUGCAGAUAAAAUGGUUAAUAUUGGGCACUGGCAGUUGGCACAAGCACACGGUCGGGUUGCAGCUUUAAACAUGCUGAAGAAGCAGACUAAACUCCACUCUGUCCCAUACUUCUGGACUGUGUUGCUGGGAAAAAGUAUCCGAUACACAGGUUAUGCUGAAGGCUAUACGGACAUUGUUUUCAAAGGAAGUGCUGAUGAGAGAAAGUUUCUUGCAUUUUAUAUAAAGGAUGAUGAAGUUAUUGCAGCAGCCAGCUUGGACUUCGACCCGGCUGUCUCAAGGGUGGCAGAAAUAAUGGCAACUGGGAAAAAAAUUUCUAAAUUAGAUGCUAAAUCACAGGACCUCGGAUGGUUGCAGCUCCCCUAGAUGAACCACGUGCAUCUUUAUUUACAAAAGUCCUUUUACUACUGAGAGUGAACUUGAGGACCAGCACACAUUUUGAAUACAAUAGUCAUGUGGUGGAUCAUCACCUUUGUUUUGCCCAUGCGUUUUAAUUUUGCUUUAACAUAACAUAUAUAUCUCGUGAUGCAAAAUAGGUGAAGAUCAGACACUGGCUUCUGCACCAGCGUUCAUACUGCAUAAAUAAAGAAAGAUUACUUUUGAAACCUUUUCUUUAAUAUGUUAUAUUUACAUGUUUACUUUAAAUUGUUCUUAUAUUUAAGAUGAUUGAAUCUAUAUUCCACAUCAUCUGUAAUUUGUGGUUAUAACAUAUGUUCUCUUGGUUGCUUCUCGUUUCGUUGUUGCUCCUUUCUCUUCUGGCUUUAGCUGUUGUAUUGUUAGUAGUUUUUUCCAUUUGUUGUAAUAGAAAUUCCGAGAAUUGAGAGCAGUUUGUGCAUUAUUUAAGGAGCCAUUAAAAAACAGUAGAAUUGUGUUACAUAAUUGUUAUUUCUUAAAUUUGUCUGCAUAAGGUCAAUAAGUAUUUGAUCACCCUGUGAUUUUGCAAAUUCACAUUGUAUGAUUUUUUAAAAUUUAUUUAAAAAAAAUUAUUUUGUCAAAUAAGUAUUUGAUCAGUUGCUUAUCAGCCAGAUUUCUGACCCUCAAAGACCAGUUAUUUUGCUUCUAAAUAAUCCAUAUGCUUCUUACGGAGCCACUCCUUGGUUUUCCUGACUGUGUGCUUUGGGUCAUGUUCAUGUUGGAAGACCCAGCCACGACCCAUCUUUAAUGCUCUGACUGAGGGAAGAAGGUUUUUGCCCAUCAUGUCACAAUACAUGGCCCCGUUCAUCCUCUCCUUAAUACAGUGGAAACCACAAAAUGCUAGGAUUUUUUUGGCCCCUGUGCUUCCAGCCCCAUGCUUCACUGUAGGUAUGGUAUUAUUGGGAUGAUACUCAUCAUUCUUCUUUCUCCAAACACGGAGACUGGAGUUAAGACCAAAAAGUUCUACUUUGGUCUCAUCUGACCACAGGACUUUCUCCCAUGACUCCUCCACAGGUGCUACUAAUUUAGAAUCAUAAGCAGAGUGUAGCUGGACUAUUUAAAAGCAAAAAAUAACUGGUCUUUGAGGGUCAGA